UGUACAACCCCUGUCUGCUAGCACACGCAUCGCAAGGAAUAAUUAAUUAGUAUUCACUUCCCAUCAUGUCGGCCCAAAUUCAUCCAGAUGAGAUACAGGCACAACAAAGACAACAGCCUUCCUAUACUCAGGAAGGUGUAGUCCCAGAAUCAAACUAUGACGAGGAAUCAGAUUCGGCUUCGGAUGAUAUGCCCUUGGAUGAAGACAAAAAGGAAAAAUCAAGAAAACCAAGCAGCCACCCUUUCAGGCAACAAAGAUUGAAAGCAUACAACCCCGUGUUGACCGCCAAGACAGUCAUCCCCCUCCUUGUUGCCAUUGCUAUCAUAUUCGUCCCCUUGGGAGCUGCCAUGUGGUAUGCAUCCGACCAGAUUGAAGACUUUUCCAUUGAUUAUAGUCAAUGUGAAAACUUGGCAUCUUCUGAUUUCUUCUCCGAGAUACCCCUGAACUUCACCACCUACCAUUUCAAAUCUGCCACCCUCACCAAUGUUCCCAAGUUUAGCUGGAAAUUGGCCAAUGACAAUAGCCAGGAGUUCGAAGAUGAAAGAAAAGUCUGCGUUGUUCAAUUCGAAGUGUUGAACAACAUGAAGGGCCCAAUCUACUUCUUUUACCGCUUGCACAACUUCUAUGCCAACCAUCGUAGAUUUGUCAAAUCAUUCAGCGAAGACCAAUUGAACGGUAAAGCAGCCUCCUUGAAUGAUAUCAAGAACACCGUGGGUCAAAACUGUCAACCAUUGUCUACUGACAGCCAGGGAAGAAAAAUCUACCCAUGUGGUUUAAUUGCCAACAGUUUGUUCAACGACACAUACAGUAGCACCUUCCAAGGUGUCAAUGGCACUUCCCAUGAUUAUUCAUUAACCAACAAGGGAAUUGCAUGGGCUACCGACAAGGACAGAUUUAAAAAGACAAAGUACAACCAUACUGAAGUUGUCCCACCUCCAAACUGGUUCAAGAUGUUCCCUAACGGAUACAACGAGACCAACCUUCCCGAUAUUUCCACCUGGUACGAGUUCCAAAACUGGAUGCAUCCUUCUGGUUUACCAACAUUCAACAAGUUAGCAUUGCGUAAUGACAAUGACGAAUUACAAGCUGGUAUCUACGAGAUUAAUAUCGGGUUACAUUUCCCAGUAUUGCCAUACAAUGGUCAGAAGUUUAUUUACGUGUCGCAGAGAUCGGUUAUUGGAGGAAAGAAUAACUUCUUGGGCAUCAGUUGGAUGGUUGGUGGUGGUGUUUGUUUUAUCUUGGGGUUAGCAUUAUUAGUGAUCAACUUUAUCAAGCCCAGAAAGACAGGUGAUGUUAAUUUGUUAAGUUGGAACCAAGAAAGAAUGCAACGUGAUGAGCAAAGCGCUGCACUUGCCGACGGUACCACUAGUGGUUUUGAGAAGAGGAAUAGCACAUGAGGCUGUUAAUUUGUUCAUAGUUGUAAGAUUAUUUUUAUAGUAAAUCAAUUGCUAUAGACAUUGC